ACGUGUUUUUAUCAAAAAGCUUGUCUGAAAAUCUUUAUCUUAUGCAGUAUCCACUUAGACCACAAAAUAUGGGAUACAGCCAUUUUGAUCAUAUAAGUGCUCGAGUCAAACCACAACAAAAAAGGGUAGAAAUGGAGCUAGCAUUGGAUCCAUACAGCAAGAAUUAUUCUACAAGUAAAGGAGAACAAAUUGCACUUAAUGUUGAUGGUAAUCUUCCACAAAGUUCUGCUGAUCGUUAUUUUGUUGGCUCAAAAAUGGACAAAAUAGUUUUGUCAUGCCAGCCUUAUGUUAAGUCAUUUACAAAUUGCCAGUAUGCCAUAGGUCUAUUUAAGGACGGUGAACUACAUUUAACUCCAAUGAGCGCAGCUGUACAAAUGAGACCAGGUUUUGAUUACUUGGAUAAAGCUGAUACAAGGCACAGAACAGAAGCUGCUAGUACAAGCUUUGCAGAUGGAGGUGAAUCAUCACAAGAUGAGGCUGAAGAAGAAGCCACACCUAUAAAUAUGAAAGUUUCCAGGGGUGAGAGUGAGGAGUUUAAAGCAAGGAGGAUGGCUAGCUAUGAAUAUGUUGCUCAGAAGAGGGAAGAGGAAAGGUGGAUAAAUGUGUCUUUUCACACUUCCGAGUCUGGUUUGGCUGAAGCAGAAAGACAACAGCUACAUGCAUCUGAUGCACAAAGAGUUUCACAGUUCAAGAUCUCACCCCAAGAGUAUCUACAGGCACUUAUUCCACCAUCCAGUGAAGACAAAAGUGAGAAACCAGCUAUGCCUGACAAUGUGCUGUCACUAAAUGAGCUUAGAAAACUUGAUCUAAAUGAUCAAAUUAGGGCUUUAUUGAUUAAUGUGAAAGUGAUACGGUUCAACCAGCUGAUGAGUUUCCUGGCACCUGGAACAGAUCACCAAGCAGUUCUUAGAUCUCUGCAGGGCAUGGCUGUGUUAGUUCAAGGAUGCUGGGUGGUUAAAAGCGAGCUGCUGUAUCCAGAUGAAGAUAAAGAAGAACUGUCUCGCAAAAAGAAAUCACACAGCACAGUGUCCCCUGAGCUAAUGAGGAGAGUUAGAGAUUAUGCUAUGUGGAAGUUUACACAUAAUAAACACGUUGUAAGAAAGGAUAUCUCCUCUAUAGUACAGCUGCGUUCUGAUGAGGUGAAAGAAAUUCUUGAAAAAUUGUCCAGGUUAAAAGCCAGAAGUGGUUGGGAGUUUUUGUAUGACUAUGACAGGGAUUUCUGUGAGAGACAUCCUGAGAUAGUUCAAAGACAAAGAAAUAAGUGGGCAUUAACAUUCCAUACAUUAGCUCAGCAUUUUAAAAUGCCUAAAGAUGGGGACAAGAAGGCUUUAGAAUUAGAAAUGGCUUUAAUGAACCAGCAGCCUACAGACAGACACAGAACAAGACGUCUCUCUAGUCGCUCUCCUCGUAAAAGAACACUGAGUGGGCGGUCCCAAUCUGAUCUGAGUGACAUGGAAGUCGAUGCACUGGGUGACAAGGCUCAUCACCAUGACAAAUUUCAUCACGAAAAACAAAAAAUAUUGGAGAGUCCUGCUUGCCGGAAUAUUCUAGACAUUCCAAUAAAUGGUGCCAUUCAUGCUCAGGGUGUAAUUUCAAAUGGAUGUGAUUCAAAGGACGAUUCUCAAACUUGCACAAACAAUUCUAAAAUUAUGGCGGAACUAGAAAAGUUUGUGAAAGGGGCACUAUCAGAGUGUCCGACGUUGUGUAUGUCUGAAUUGCGUGGCAAGAUGUCAAUGUAUACGGCGAGGGUUGCUUCUGCUCAUGUUUUUAACUCUGGUGUGUCUGACAAAAUGAUUGAAGACGCUGUCACAGCUGUUGGGGGAAUAAGAAUUAAAAACCAGUGGCCACCAAGCCGGAAAGCAGAACCAAUGUUUGCAUGUUUGACAGGAAAUGAAAGAAUUGACCAGAUGCGAAAAAUUCUUUUUAGCAUGUUUGAAGAAACAUAUAAACUUCGAAGUAAUCUUUUUCGCAACAAAUUAAAAGAUGCAGGUAUUGAAAUUAAUGAAACAGAAUUAAAGAAAUUCCUCAAAGAUCACUGUGAUUGUGUUUCUGCCCUGUGGUAUUUAAAGAGAACUCUGCCGUCCAACUCAUGAUAGUGGGUUAUGGUUCCUGCUGGUCAUUGGUUAGUUAAACAAAAAAGAUAAUACAGUCUAAUUGUGCUUGGAGAGAAUGGACUUAAGAUGUUACCUGCAAGUUUUAAACUGAAGUAUUGUUUGCUGUUCUUGUGUGAAUCACUUUUUAUUUCCAUCUAUGUACACAUAAGGGUAAGCUUUGAUGUAAAAACAAAUUAUUUUGUUUCUGUUUAUGUAUACAUUAAUACUUGUUGAUGUAAGUUUAUGUAACACCACACAAAUAAGAUAGGGAUUUUCUUUAUGAACAAUUUUAAUAAUUCUCACUGUAAAGGUCAUUUGUGUUUCAAACAAAUGAACAAUUAAACCGCUAGUCAGGAAAAGAUUAUUAAAUACUUAAAGCCAUUAGUAUUUAUUGUUUCGACUAAAAGUGCAAUGUAUGUUAGGGUUUGUUUUUGUUAACCCCGUGUAUUUUCACAUGUAUUUUAUCCCCUGAUUUUAGAUGAAACACAUUUUUUUACCAUUGUCUAUUUGUGUGCCUUUGUUAGUGCGUACUGCAUGGGGGUGCCUUGGUAGAAUUGUUUGCAAUUGUUUCAAUUUAUCUCCUGCUAUAUAGUAUUACACCUUUUAAAAAGUAAUUCCUGUUAAGUAUAGAUUAGAAAGAAGUAAAAAAAAAAUUUAAAUUUCCUAUUCAAAGAAUAAUGAAAUGGUGAAUAGUAGUUGAUCUUUUCAAAUUUUCAAACUAUAAAGAUCUGUUACCUUUUUAAAAAAUGUUUAUGUACAUUGUUUAGCUAAACCUCUGCCCAUUGUCUGCCACUGCAAAGUUUCUGUCUUUCUAAAUGCUAAAUUACUAUUAAGUAACAUAAAAUUGUAAUAAAUAAUUGUUAUGAAAUGAAAAUU